AUGAACGAAACGAACAACCUCGAACGACUUUCCGAGCCGAAGAACACGAAAACCCCUCGCAUCCCCUCGUCCUUUUCGCGUUUGCGAUUCUCGAGCUCGGCCGGACCCCUCAAUACUCCCAAGACUCCAAUUGCAGCUCACCAACGAACAGCCGCGAACUUCCUUAAGUUGUUCAACGACGAUACUGAUAAUGCCUACACAACCUUCGUUAGGCAAAGCAACGCGCUGCUAUGUCUUAAUGGGAAGACGCAGAACUUGGAACAAGAACUCGAACAGGCCCCUAGCACGCAGGAGUUUGAUGGUGUGUACGCAGAUCUGAGCGAUACUGAAGCGGACCUUGAUGAUGCUUUAUUAAUGAAGGAGCAUGCCAAGUCAUGGGUCGCCGGCACCCCUCGCCAGUUAGACUCGCUGUUGGGAUAUCUUGCUCAUAUAACACCACAGGAUCAACAAGUCCUCCUUCGCAUGCUAGGCAGUCCCGACCGUUCGUCCUCAGUAUUAAAUAAAGAUAUUCUGCGGCUGCACCACUACCGAGUAGCAGUCACGCUGUAG